CACAUUCACACACUAGGGACCAUUUAGUGUUGCCAAUCAACCUAUCCCCAGGUGCAUGUCUUUGGAGACAAAGUAUAUUAGUGAAAUAUUUCUUCAAACUUAUUAUGAUUAAAAUUCAGAGAAAUUAUUCUGGCAAAUCUACAAAAUCUGUAGAAUCAAAUUUAAAUCUUAUUUCAAAGUAUUUUGAAUUACUUUUAAAAUUUUUGUUAUGGAAAAUCUAGAAGAAAUAAUGAUUUGUCUUUGUUAGAAAUAUCGCUUGGUCCAAUUUAUUAUAUAUUCUAACAAAGUGCAGAUUGGAUUUUAACCUAUUCAAAACAUGUCAUCAACAUUCAAAAAUUAAUAUUAAUCAGGAAAAAUGACUAGUGAUGUUCCAUAAAUUAUUUUUUUAAAUUGUUUCAAAAAGAUUCAAAUUAGCUAGUUUUUCUCUUCAUUUUUUUCGGUUGAAUUUGGAAUUUUAAAGAUAAACUGUUUUUAAAAAUUGUAUUUUAAUUUUUUUCGUGUUUUCUCCUCUUUUAAACUGUUCAAUUAAGUGUUUUUUUUCAUCAUUUAUUCUCUACAAAAAAAAACUUCCGUAAAAAGAAAAAACAUUUACGACAAAAUGACAGACAGAAAUAUCAAUUUUUUAUAUAUAUAGAUUUGUUUAUUAAAGGUAAUUUGAGCAAAUUGGCUAUUUCUGGCAAUUUAUUUAAGUAUGUAUCAAACUGGAAGCCCUUCGCAUUGAUCAGUACCCAAGAAGUAGCUCUUGGUUUCAAAAAGGUUGGUGACCCCUGCUGUAGAGGGUCCAGUGUGUCUGGGAUGGUCUUCUUGAUGUGUGACAUGACUAUCCUCUCGAAGCACUUCAUCACUAUUGGGAUGUCCAGCAGCCCCCUCACAUUAAAGAGGAAGAGGAGGAUCCACAGCCCCCUCACAUUAAAGAGGAAGAGGAGGAUCCACAGCCCCCCCUACAUUAAAGAGGAAGAGGAGGAAGUGUGGAUCGGUCAGGAGGGAGAGUGUCUUGUAGGGCAGGAGGAGGCUGAUGUCAGCAAGUUUCCACUGACUGUUGUCUCUGUGAAGACUGAAGAGCAUGAAGACAAACCACCUGAGUCCUCACAGCUUCAUCACAGUCCAAACCUCAAUGAAGAACAUCUACCUCAUGAGCAGGAGGAGGAACCACAGUCCCCCCACAUACACAAGGAAGAAGGGGUACCACAGUCCCAACACAUCAAAGAGGGAGGAGAGGAGCCACAUCCCCCCCACAUUAAAGAGGAAGACGACACGCCACAGACCCAUAAUGUUAAACUGACCCUUCACAAUAAAGGUCAAGCGGAGGACCCACUGAUCUUACACAUCAAAAAGGAAGAGGAUGAUCCACUGACCCCUCACUUUAAGGAGCAAGAGAACCCACUGAACCCUCACAUUAAAGAGGAAGAGACGGACCCACUGACCCCUCACUUUAAAGAGGAAGAGGAGGACCAAGAGCCGCCGCACAUUAAAGAGGAAGAGGAGGAAGAGGGCAUCAGUCAGCCUAAAUGGUUGGAGGAGUUCCCAGUGACUGGUGUCCCUGUGAAGAGUGAAGAUGAUGAGGUGAAAGGUGAAAGUGAGGAGAGGGGAGGGGGGGAGCCUCCAAGCAGCAGCUCAACACAACACAUGACAACAGAAGCUGAUGGAGACCACUGUGGAGGAUCACAAGCAGACAAGCUCUUAGCUCCACUAUCAGAUAGUGAGGACACAACGUCACACUCUCCUGACACUGAUGAUGAAGACUCUAAAGAUGAUAAGACAUGUCACACUGACAACACUCACUUCACAUCUUCUCACUCUCACAAAACCUUUCAAUACCGUCGUAAUCUGAAAAGACACAUGAGAAGACACACCGGAGAAAAACCUUUUAUCUGUUCAAAAUGUGGCAAAGGUUUUGUAGAAAGUCACAAUUUGAAAAUACACAUGAGAACACACACCGGAGAAAAACCUUAUGUCUGUUCAAUCUGUGGUACAUGUUUUGUACAAAGAAUCAAUUUGCAAGUACACAUGAGAAGACACACUGGUGAAAAACCUUUUACCUGUUCUACCUGUGGUAAAGGUUUUACAGAAAGUCCGAGUUUGAAAGUACACAUGAGAACACACACUGGUGAAAAACCCUUUUCUUGCUCAGAAUGUGGUAAAGAUUUUGUUCAAAGUAAACAUUUGAAAGUACACAUGAGAACACACACUGGUGAAAAAUCACAUUCCUGUUCAAUCUGCAACAGAAGCUUUUGUGACCGAUCAAGCCUUGUAGCACACAUGAGAAGACACCCAGGAGAGAAAGUGUUGAGUUGCAGUGUGUGUGGUGAAAGAUUGUCUUCUAAGUACCAGUGUAAGAAACACAAGUGUGCUGGUGAGAACAGCAGCAGCAAAUGAAACUGCAGGAUUUGAAAUAAACUGUCCAGACUUUCAUUUUGACUUUCUAACAACAUCAGCACAUAUAACAUGUGUGACAUUGUUGUUUGUCUAACAAUCUGUUUAAUAUCAUUCUGCAUUUAUAGAUUAGAUAUUUUUUAUUAGUGUUUUUUUCAGUCAAGUAGAUGCAUUAAUAUGCGAUAUUGUGUACUUUUAUUAAAAAAUGGACAGAACAAUUUGAGUAAAAAGGUGGGAGUAAACAGUACAAGACAUAUUUUACAUGCAAUAAACAUUUUAUGUGUGUG